AUGCCUGGCGCUUCGAAGCUAGCUUUCUUUGGCGUUGCUGCCAGUGUUGGGUCGCUCGUUCAUGCUGGUCCCUGCGACAUCUACGCAACAGGCGGUACUCCCUGUGUCGCCGCGCACAGCACUACCCGCGCCUUGUACGACCACUACUCUGGCUCGCUGUAUCAGAUUAAGCGCGGGUCGGACAGUGCGAGAAGAGAUGUCCGCCCAUUGACUGCAGGCGGCGUGGCCGAUGGUCCCAGCCAGGAUGAGUUCUGCGCGGGCACCACUUGUCUCAUCACUACCAUUUACGACCAGUCUGGCCACAACAAUGACCUGACCCAGGCCCCGCCUGGCGGUGCCGCCCGUGGACCGGAAGCCGAUGGCUUCGACUACCUUUCAAGCGCCAUCGGCGCGCCGGUUACCCUCAAUGGCCACAAGGCGUACGGCGUCUUCAUCUCUCCCUUCACAGGAUAUCGUAACGACGAACCGAACGGGACGGCUACUGGCGACGCGCCCGAGGGCAUGUACGCCGUUUUCGACGGAACUCACUACAACACGGGCUGUUGUUUCGACUACGGAAAUGCUGAGCGUGACAACACGGACCCCGGCAACGGCGCCAUGGAGGCCAUCUACUUCGGAACGGGAGAUGGCUCAGGUCGUGGUACCGGCUCUGGCAGCGGGCCCUGGAUCAUGGCCGAUCUCGAGAACGGCCUGUUUUCUGGCAAGGACCACGUGCACAAUGAAGCGGACCCGACCAUCACCUCGCGCUUUGUCACGGCCAUCGUGAAAGGAGAGCCUAACCACUGGGCGAUUCGUGGAGGUGACGGUGCAAAGGGGCCCCUGUCCACCUUCUACGACGGCGAACGGCCAGACGGUGGCUACUCGCCCAUGGUUAAGCAAGGCGCCAUCCUACUCGGCGUCGGAGGUGACAAUAGCAACCGUGCCCAGGGGACAUUUUACGAAGGUGUCAUGACCACCGGAUAUCCGAGUGAUGAUACGGAGAACAAGGUGCAAGCCAACAUCGUGGCGGCCAAGUAUGCGGCUCCAGCAACUCUCAACAGCGGCCCCGAGCUCCACGUGGGAUCGUCAGUCUCCCUUCGCGUAACCACUGCGUGCUGCUCCGAUCGCUACAUCGUGCACGACGGCGGCAAAGUCGACACGGAAGUGGUCAACUCGUCGAGCGACGGCGGGCUCAAGCAGCGCGCGAGCUGGCGGGUUCGCGCCGGCCUGGGCAACAGUGGCUGCUACUCGUUCGAGUCCGUCGUCUCUCCCGGACGCUUUAUCCGUCAUUCCAACUAUGAGCUCAGAGUCGACCAAAAUGACAACUCAAAGAUAUUCAACGAGGACGCGACCUUUUGCUCCCAAUCCGGCCUCAACGGGCAGGGUAACUCGAUUCGCUCGUGGAGCUAUCCCACUCGCUACUGGCGGCACUUCAAUUCGCUCCUCUAUAUUGCGAGCAAUGGCGGACCGCACGACUUUGACAGCGCCAACGUGUUCAACGACGACGUGAGCUACAUUGUUAGCGCCGGGUUUGCCUGA